CUACAGUCACAUCCCCCACAUUGUGUUGAGCUUCACACAGCCGUCUCAGCCUCCAGCCCACCUUGGUGAAGGAGAACCCAGAUCUUCUAGAAAACAUGGAUUUCAGUGGAACAUGGCAGGUCUACUCCCAGGAGAAUUACGAGGAGUUCCUCAGGGCCAUGGAACUUCCAGCAGACGUCAUCAAGAUGGCCAAGGACAUCAAGCCAAUCACUGAGAUCAAGCAGAAUGGCAAUGACUUUGUUGUCACCUCCAAGACCCCUGGAAAGACUGUGACCAACUCCUUUACCAUCGGCAAGGAGGCUGAUAUCACCACCAUGGAUGGCAAGAAGAUUAAGUGCGUUGUCAAUCUGGAGGGUGGCAAACUAGUCUGCAAAACCGGCAAGUUCUGCCACAUCCAAGAGCUCAAGGGAGGAGAGAUGGUUGAGACUUUGACCAUGGGCUCAACAACUCUCAUCCGGAAGAGCAAAAAGAUGUAACCUUGGCAGUGAAGUGAACCAAUGUCUAUUUAAAUAAAAGUGUUGCUUAAUAA